GGCAGGCAAGCAGCAGCUGCGCUCGCUGUCCGCGGUGCUGAAAGCGCGACUGAGCGCCGCUUGUCUCCUUUCGCCUGGCGGGUCUCCUGCUGCGGCCGGCCGCCGCCGCCACUGUCGGCGCCGCCCGGAUCAUGGAAGAGAUGGAAGAGGAGCUGAAGUGCCCGGUGUGCGGCUCCUUCUACCGCGAGCCGCUCAUCCUGCCCUGCUCGCACAACCUGUGCCAGGCGUGCGCCCGCAACAUCCUGGUGCAGACGCCGGAGGCCGACUCGCCGCAGAGCCGGCGCGCCUCGGGCUCGGGCGGCUCGUCGGACUACGACUACCUGGACCUGGACAAGAUGAGCCUGUACAGCGAGGCCGACAGCGGCUACGGCUCGUACGGCGGCUUCGCCAGCGCGCCCACCACGCCGUGCCAGAAGUCGCCCAACGGCGUGCGCGUCUUCCCGCCGGCCAUGCCGCCGCCCGCGCACCUCCUGGCGCCCGCGCCGGCCGCCUCGCUGAGCGCGCCGGUGCCGCGCAACUCCUGCCUGACGUGCCCGCAGUGCCACCGCAGCCUGAUCCUGGACGAGCGGGGCCUGCGCGGCUUCCCCAAGAACCGCGUCCUGGAGGGCGUCAUCGACCGCUACCAGCAGAGCAAGGCGGCGGCGCUGCGCUGCCAGCUGUGCGAGAAGGCGCCCAAGGAGGCCACCGUCAUGUGCGAGCAGUGCGACGUCUUCUACUGCGACCCGUGCCGCCUGCGCUGCCACCCGCCGCGGGGCCCGCUGGCCAAGCACCGCCUGGUGCCGCCGGCCCAGGGCCGCGUCAGCCGCCGCGUCAGCCCGCGCAAGAUCUCCACCUGCACCGACCACGAGCUGGAGAACCACAGCAUGUACUGCGUCCAGUGCAAGAUGCCCGUCUGCUACCAGUGCCUGGAGGAGGGCAAGCACUCCAGCCACGAGGUCAAGGCGCUGGGCGCCAUGUGGAAGCUCCACAAGAGUCAGCUGUCUCAAGCGCUGAAUGGGCUGUCGGACCGGGCCAAGGAAGCCAAAGAGUUCCUGGUGCAGCUACGGAACAUGGUGCAGCAAAUCCAGGAGAACAGCGUGGAGUUCGAAGCCUGCCUGGUUGCCCAGUGCGACGCCCUCAUCGAUGCGCUCAACAGGAGGAAAGCCCAGCUGUUGUCUCGAGUCAACAAGGAGCACGAGCACAAGCUGAAGGUGGUGCGAGACCAAAUCUCUCAUUGCACGGUGAAGCUACGCCAGACGACGGGACUCAUGGAGUACUGCCUGGAGGUCAUCAAGGAGAACGACCCCAGCGGGUUCCUACAGAUCUCGGAUGCCCUGAUACGGAGAGUCCACCUGACCGAGGACCAGUGGGGGAAGGGGACACUCUCCCCAAGGAUGACGACGGACUUUGAUCUGAACUUGGAUAGUGCCCCCCUGCUGCAGUCUAUCCACCAGCUUGACUUCGUGCAGAUGAAAGCUUCCUCCCCAGUGCCGGCCCCCCCAAUCCUACAACUGGAAGACUGCUGCACCCACAACAACAGCGCCACCUUGUCAUGGAAGCAGCCCCCACUGUCUGCGGUGCAGGUGGAAGGAUACAUCCUUGAGCUGGACGAUGGGAACGGCGGUCAGUUUAGGGAGGUGUACGUCGGAAAGGAGACCAUGUGCACUGUGGACGGGCUGCACUUCAAUAGCACUUACAGUGCUCGUGUCAAGGCCUUCAACAAGACUGGAGUCAGCCCGUACAGCAAGACGUUGGUCCUUCAGACUUCUGAGGACUCCGAGCCCGAGGAUCAGGCCCUGACCUUCCCCGUCCCUUUGGAAAGGAUGCAGCUGCGUAGAUCAACCCCCUUCUCUUCCACCCUUAACCUGCAAAACAGCUUCCCGGGGAGAUCCUACUUUGAGCUCAGAUCCUCGUCCCACCAAAUGAGCUUGCAUUCUUCCUUGCAGUCCCUGAAUUCAGCCGGUUUUGAAACUCAGUCAGGACCUUUCUCCCAAUUAGUUGAUAUUAAAAAACUGGUAGCAGUGGCCUGGUUUUCCUUUGACCCCAACACGGCCCACUCCGACAUCAUCUUCUCCAAUGACAACCUGACUGUCACCUGCAAUAGUUACGAUGACAGGGUCGUCCUGGGCAAAACCGGCUUCUCCAAAGGCCUCCACUACUGGGAGUUGUCCAUUGACCGCUACGACAACCAUCCAGAUCCGGCCUUUGGGGUUGCCCGGGUAGAUGUCCUCAAAGAUGUCAUGCUGGGGAAGGAUGACAAGGCCUGGGCCAUGUAUGUGGACAACAACCGGAGCUGGUUCAUGCACAACAACUCGCACACCAACAGGACUGAAGGAGGCAUCACCAAAGGGGCCACUGUGGGCAUCUUGCUUGAUUUGACCAGGAGGACCCUGACCUUCUCCAUCAACGAGGACCAGCAGGGGCCGGUGGCCUUUGAGAACAUGGAGGGCAUGUUCUUUCCGGCCGUCAGUCUGAACAGGAAUGUGCAAGUGACGCUGCACACUGGCCUGCCGGUGCCGGACUUCUACAACUUGCGGGGUUCCAUGCAGUGAGGAGACAGCAGGUGCCCAGUGGCUUUUUCUCAGGACACAGCGAGAGCGCUGCGUUUAUUUUCUUCAGGAACAGACCUCAGAGGAGCACAGAGGAGAAUAACUGGUCAUCUGGGAACUCUAGGCCAUCAGAAACCAAAUUUUUUUUAAAGGGGGGGGAAAUCUAGAGAAGAGAAAGGACAAAAACAGACUUUGAGCCCUACAGCUGUGCCACGGCCUCUCGUGGCCUCUCCCGCCCUGUUUGUUGUGUGUGUGUGUGUGUGUGUGUUUGCUUUGCUGGUUUUUGCUGUUUGGGCUGAUAACAAAGUUCUCGGGAGAGCCCAAGACGGGACUUCCCAUAAGCUUUUCGGUUCAGUUUUAUUUCCAUGUUGGAUUUCCUUUUUCUCCUAAUUACGAGUCAGUUUCUGCUGAUGCUCCAGUUGCCACGGAGCCACUGAGAUGCCACAAGGAAUCAGCUGCUCAAAUCGCUUUGGACCGAGUUUAUGCAGACGGCAAACUUCUAGAGGCAGAUUGGCUGGCAGGCAAAAAUCAUUUGAACAGCUGCUGGUUCUCAUCAAUAUUCCCAGCCUCCACCAUCUUGCGGCCUUUUUUGCUGAAUACCCUAAGAGACGCUGGCCUCACAUCAACACCUUGUCUAUAUACAAAGUCAUGUGGGAUGCAUCCAGCCUUGGGCAUGGGCUUUUUCUCCCCCACACCCUCCCUGGUCAGAGCAAAGAAAAAGGGUCACGUGAUCUUUACAGAAAUGCGGCAGAUUUCCAUCAUGUUGGAGCCAGGAGAGUUGAUGACACACCUGCACGACAAGAGGAUGCACCCGCCUUGACCUCUUUUGUGGAUAUCCCCAUUCACAGGAGAUAGCAGGACGGACACACUCUCAGAACCUCUUCAUCCCCUCUUAAUUGUGUGGGCCAGAAAAAUAUCCUCCAAACUGGCCCACUGUAAACUAUGCAGCUUAUCAACGACAAGCCCUUGAGGAGGCUUCCUUCAGGUCCUUCUGAGAGGGUCAAGCUAGACACUAGGCUCAUUCACACGAUUAAGAACUGUGUAGGAGGAGCAUGUGUGAGUCCAAAGCAAGGUAGGAGUGGGGGAGUGAUGGUCAGCGAGCCUCCUGCUGGCUAGGAGGGCUCCAUCUCUGAAUGAGGGAAGAGGAAAAGCCCUUCCACCCAGCGGGAGGCUAGCUGGCGACCCCUGCCAAUGCCUCCUGGCUUGCUUUUUACUCACACAUGACCACAAAAACGGAAAUGCACACAGCUCCCAAAACUGGGUAGGAUGCUCCUCCUACCCAUUUUUAAAAUAGUGUGGACAAGCCUACGAUGGGGCAGCCAUGUCUGUUCUUUCUGUGUCUGCUGCAUCCACGUCUAAAACAGAAGAUGGGAGGUCUACUUUCACAACAAAAGCUGGGCAUGGGUGGGAGAUGCUGAAGCCCCCCCCCUUGUUUCUUACCCCUUCCCCACUCUCCGGGGCACCAAGCCCAUGCUCCACAGCCUGGCUCAGAUCCUGGAAGUGCCAGCCGGCUGGGAAGGUAAGGCAGGGGAGGGUUCAGGUGCCUUCCACCUCUGUGUGCUUUUUGUUAUAUAAGCAGACUCCCCAUUCCAGAUGUGAAUCAUGCAGUUUCUUGCAUAAAGAAAUGUGCCUUCCCCCAUCAAAUCUAGCCUGAAUCUCACUGGGGUAGUAAACCCAUGUCUGGGCUAUACUGCUCCAGAUUGCUUGAUUGAAUGCUCCUCCAUACAAAAAUAAAAUCCCUGCACAUUAAGAACUAGCAUAUCAGGGAUAGAAUGCUAGGACGCCCCCUACAGUCGGAAAGGGUGCAGCCAAAGCAUUGGUUAACCCAAGGGUUCUCGAACCUGGGUCACCACCAGAUGUUGUUGGACUUCAACUCCCAUAAUCCCCAGCCACAAUGGCCAGGGCCAUGGGAAUUAUGGCAGCUGAAGUCCAACAGCAUCUGGGGACCCAAGUUUGAGAAUUCUUGGGUUCACCACCUCCAUGAGAAUUAUGCCCAAGACUAGACAUGAAAUCAGUUGUGGAAUGGGGAAUGUGCAUUCAGAUUUCCAAGUGCUUAAGCUGCAUAUGAAACAAUGACACUUUCCAUUUUUGAAAAUGUGACAUUCCAGUUACGAAUAUUUGCAUUUCGAGUAAACUGUAACUUUAGAAGGGAAGCGGCUCUUUUGCUAGCAGGUAUGUAUCUUUCUUAAAAUGUGAUAACGAGACUCAAAUUUCAGUAGGUCAUGAAACUCAAAACACUUUCCCCAAUGCCGUAAACAUUUUAAUUACGUC